UAAAGUUUCCAGUGAUAAGUUCACACCAGCGAAGUGCGGUAUGAACUUAAAGUGUUUUAGGUGAGAGGCUUCAAGCAGUGGUGAUGGUGAACGUGCAUCAGCUGAAUUACACCAACGCGUCUACAGAUCAAUCGCAGCUCCCUUUCCUUUGGCAAUAACAACGGCGGCCGCCAUGAUAUCCUGGUGCAGCAGAUGUCUGGGCUUGGGAAGCUUGGGCGUGACCAGCCCGAACUCGCCCGUGGCUCAACCGCUCUCUUCCGCCCAUAAGAACCUCAGGCUUCGGCGAUCCAUUGUGUCGAGGCGCGGAGAGCUGACUGACGACUCUGAGGAAGAGGAGGAAGACGUACCUGGCGACCUCAGUGUGUGGCAGGAGCAAUAUGUGGUCAAGCGGCAACCCGGGCUUCAUCCCACUGCCCAUUCCCCACUCCCCGAAACUGUGGUCGUGCAGGUUCAGCCGCCUUCCACGGAAAUGCACAGACCAGAUCUGGAAGACACAGGAAGCAUAUCAAGCUGCUUUUUGCAGUCUCCAGAUUCUACCACGUCCUUCGAUAACGCCAGCGUCUACAGCAGCUACGGGAGCACCACUGUGACCGAUCCCAGUAGCACGAGUAUUAGUAACUUGAGCAACGUGAGCAACAGCAAUCGCGGCAGUAUUGGGAGUCUUGUCAGCUUGAAGAGUUCGGAGAGUGUCGUGCCUUACUGCAACACUAAUGACGGAGAUAGUAACGUCAACCCCAGUCAUCGUCCACCAUCGCGACUGAGUCCAGGAACUCGACGGCCACAUCCCAUGUUCUUAACCCCGGAGGAAGCAGCCAAACCCCCUAGUCUGCAGCCAUUAGCCAAGGUGCAUGCUUUCUCUCCUGCACAAGAAAGACUGUGGCUCGGCAAGGCGUCUUGACAGGAUCAUGGGAAAAAAGGGGAGACAUUCGCUGGGGAAUACCUGACGGAGGGACAGAAGACGCCCGUGAAACUUCGAAGCGCAACGACCCUUCGGGCGAUCUCGGCCUUUGAGGCGCGAGUCGACACGAAGAAUAACCCAGUCUGGUACUCCUUCGGGAGGGUAGUUCUGGCGCUCCGCUACCUCUUAGCCAAAAAAGAGCUUGAGGUGAGCGUAGUACAGGUGACGGAAUUGCCCGCCGGGAGGGAAAAGUCGUCCAUUGACUUCCAGGUCUGCGUGAAGCCGGGAAGGAGGAAAACGAGGUGGAUAAAGUCGGUGAAACCAGGACCGAGCCAUGACACCGACGGCAUCGCUGCACAGUGCUCCCUCAAGGUUCGGAGAGUUCGCGAGCGUUCGCUUGUGCUUUCGGCUUUCGUGGCGGGCCGGAGAGGCCACGCACAUCUGGCCCUUGGGCACGCGGUGGUGCCCGACCUGGAGGCGCAGGCGCUCAUGGAUGGGCAGUGGCACACCUUCCCUCUUAAUCUACGCCAAGGAUGCCAGCUCCAAGACCACCUGGGUAUGGCAAUGGUAGCACUCUCCUGCUGCGAACGAACGUAUGGAUUCUACACCUUCACUGUCGAUAUCAUGCAUAUAAGGAACGUCAAAGUGCAGCGUCUGGGCGCACAUGUUACCAGUUCCUUCAAGGCCAAAGCAGAGCUUUGGAUCCAGGCUACUCUAAUGAUUGAUGGCCAACAAAAAGCGAAGUACGACAUGCCUCCGACGCCCCUGGUACGCCCUUCCGGCUACGAUGAACAGGGUUGGGAAUCAAUCUUCAAGCACGGCUGCACCGUCUCCUUCCUUGUGCCUAAAGACAAGAUUCAUUUGGCAACCAUCAUUGUUAAGGUGAACGGGCGAUCACGCCACCACCUCACAUACAAAGAGGCAUUAUUGGGAACGGUGAGUUUUGGUCCCGAAGAGCUGUUCGGCGGACAGCAUGCAGUGGCAGGUCAAAUGGACGUACCCGGAGACCCACUAGACAGCCGGCUCACACACUGGGGUCAGGCUUUGCGUAGAAUGGCCAAAGUUGACAUGUGGCACCGACUUCAAAUCUGAAGACAUAGCACUUAUAACAUAAGGCGUGAAACCUUUUAUGUUCUGCAUCUGUUCACAAAGCGUAAUAACAUACAAUUGCCGCACUUCAUUAAGAUCACCUAUCAGUUCACCAUGGGCACAUAAUUCAUAUACUCAUAGCCUCAUAUACUCAUCAUUAUCUGUCACACACAGUAAAAAUCAUGACCUAUUUCA